GUUCUUAUUUUGUAAUUCAGCACGGCGCUUAUUUCGUGUUUUUCUUCGAUAAGUUCAUUAAAUUUAGCAACAACUAUUAUUAAAACCAGGAUGUGGCCCAUUGUAAUGGCUCUUCUAAGGCGUAACGCCGUCUACAUAACUCUGCCAAUAGCCGGCGUCGUCGGAUUUAUUGGCUAUAAUCUCGAGAGUAUGCUCUCCGACAAAUACACCCCAUACAGCCCGUCCAUACAAGAGUUACGCGCCAAACGUUUGACAGAGGAAAGUUUGAAUACAAAUGCCGCCAAUGUGGAGAAGUUACGACUCAGUAGUCCUGUACUCGAACGCAACCUUUCCCCCUCGUUGCAGCCGAAGACCUAGACCUACCAUGAUAUGUUAUCAAAAUUAGAAAGUUGUUAUCAAUAAAAAAAAAAAAUUAUACGCGCA